CCGGAAGUGUGACGUCACGCAAUGGCGGUCUCCAUGUGGAUGUAUAGAAUCAACGUGAUUUUGCGCAUGUUUUACAGUCUGUAACGUACAGAAAAGCCAGCAAAAAUCUGUUUACAUUUUUUUUGGAGGCCACAAUAAGGUCCCCAGAGUGAACCUGCUGUCAGCUGAGAAUCAGUGUUCAUAUCUGAGAUGGCUUCGUUUAAACCCACCAGAAUUCAGACCUAUCCAAAACUUGGAGAGAAAGUAACAGAGGACACGCUCUACUGGAAAAAUUACAAACCUGCUUUGCAGAUUAAAGAGUUUGGUGCUGUAACAAAGAUCGAAUUCUCUCCUGUCCCACCUCACAAUUAUGCCGUCACAGCCUCCACCAGAAUUCACGUAUAUGGACCUCACUCUCAAGAGCCCACACGGAGCUUCACUCGUUUCCGGGAUACAGCGUAUGGAGGGAGCUUCAGAGGUGACGGGAAGCUGUUAGUGGCAGGAAGUGAAGAUGGAAUCAUCCGACUGUUCGACAUCAAAAGCCUAGGGGCUCUCAGACAGUUCACAGGGCACUCCAAGGCGGUACACGCAACCACUUUCCUGUCUGAUGGGUUUCGUGUGGUGUCGGGGUCCGAUGACCUGUCGUGUCGUGUGUGGGAUGUGGCCAGUUCUGUUGAGCUCAGCUCAUUCACUGAACAUACAGACUAUAUCAGAGCUGCCGCCCCCAGCAAACUUAACCCAGAUCUGUUUGUCACAGGUUCGUAUGACCACACAGUAAAAGUGUUUGAUGUGCGGACAGGGAGCAGUGUGAUGACCAUGCAGCAUGGCCACCCUGUGGAGUGUGUGCUGUUGUACCCAUCAGAUGCCCUGCUGGUGUCCACAGGAGGGCGCUAUGUGAAAAUCUGGGACCUGUUGAAAGGUGGACAGCAGCUCGUUUCUCUUAAGAAUCAUCACAAAACGGUUACGUGUGCAUGUCUGAGUUCUACAGGCAACAAACUGCUCACAGGAUCACUGGACAGGCAUGUCAAAGUGUAUAACUCCUCCUAUAAGGUUGUGCAUAAUUUCGACUGUGCGGCUUCCAUCCUCAGUCUGGCUAUUGCGCCUAAUGAUAACACAGUUGCCGUUGGGAUGACCAAUGGCGUGUUGAGCGUCAGGCACAGGAAGCAGAAAGAAGAAAAAGAGACGUUAACUGAUCGAAGGCGACGGGGACCAGCGUACCGGGUCAAUGUCAAGGGAAAGACCUUUGGGCCCAAACAGUAUGAUUUCUUGGUCAAUAAACCAGCAAAGCAGCAUCUACAGAAACAUGACAAACAGCUAAAAAGCUUUGAGGUGUCCAAAGCCCUAGACUCAGCUCUGCAGGCAUGGAAACGCAGCAGUAAACCAGAGGUUGCGGUGGUCGUUAUGAUGGAGCUCAACCGCAGAGGAACUCUGAAAAACGCUCUCGCAGGACGAGAUGAAGCAAGCUUAGCCAGGAUACUCGACUUCCUUCUAAAGUACAUCACUGACCCACGCUUCUCUCGCCCUCUGCUCACGGUCGGGGAUAUUGUGCUUGAUCUGUAUCAGCAGGUUAUUCCCCAGUCACCUGUAGUCGAGAGGUUGCUGCAACGUCUUUUAGAGCUGUUGGGUCGGGAAGCAGAACUUCAGCAGGAGUUUUUACAGGUCUUGGGAAUCCUGGACACACUUUUCGCAUCCUUGAACCUCAGAAAAGAUGUUGCCACCCUUGCUGCCCCACCAGUAGCGCAGGGGUCACAGCUACAAGCCGCCUGAUACUCAUUACAAAACUCAGUGGGAUCUUGUGACGUAACCGAAACAUGCUAGACUUUGAAAGGCGUGGUGCAAACGAAAGGGAUAUUGAAAGGAAACAAACAUGAGAGACAGCUGUGGGGAAGAUGUUGCUUACUGACAGUGAAUAAUCACUGUGUCAGCCAUUUUCUGCUGAUGUUUGCAGAAUUUGAAAAUGUAUUUUGUAUAUUCCUAUCAUAAAAUCUUUGAAUCUG